AUGCUGUCUCUUCUGAAGGUUUUGCUUUGCCUGCUUCAUGCCUUGCUGCUAUGCUUGGGUUUCGCAGCCCUCUCCUUCCUAGUCAGUUCUGUGCCUGAGCAAAUAACCCUGUGCUUAAAGCAGGCGCUUUGCUGUCUGCGCUUGUGGCAGCUUGUGGCAGCUGCGGACGUAUCGAGCAUGCGCUGUGGAUGUAUCCAGACAGUGUGUGGCACGGAGCCAUGGCAAGCUUGUAGCACAGUAGGCGGCAGUGGGCACAAUGAAGAUAGCUUCAGCGCAUGGAGCUUCAAAGAAAUGAUGGCCGCACUUCCCAGGCGAACUCCCAGCCGGGAUGGAGAGCCAUCAAAUGCUUAUGUCUGGAACGCGUUGGUUGACCGCGAGAAGGCUCGCAUAGACCGCAACUUCUCAGAAGCAGACAGAAUCCGUGACGAUUUGCGUGACCGAGGCAUUGAGAUCUACGACCGAGAGCGCCGGUGGGAGGCGAAAGAUGGACGAGUAGGUCAGCGGCCGAAUCAUGAUGACAAGAAGAAAGAUGACGACUGA